AGUACCGUUGUCUAUUAAUGUAGGAAUUGGGGGAGAUUUUUUGUUUGAGAACUUUUUAGCAAGUUUAAACCAUUUUUUAACAUUAGUAUUUUCGGAAUUAAUUUCGUCUGUUAAUUUUUCUGUGUAUUCCUUCUUUGUUUUUCGGAUAAGGUUGGUAGUAUCAUUUCUAAUUUUGCAAAAACUGACCCGGUUAUGUGGUCGAUUCUCUGUCAUAUGUUUUUCAUACAAGACUAAUGCAUGUUUAAUCACUUUUUCUUACAGUCUGUAAAAUUUUUAGAUAUAUUUUACGAUUAAUAACGACAAUACAAAACACAAGAUACAGGAGACUUUAUUUUAUGUCGGAUUCAAUGUAACAAGUAAACAAAAGCUCAUAAACUACAGUAAAACACCGCUCGCUCGAGGUCCUAAAGCUUAAGGGGAUGAGCAAAAUACACGAGUUAUCCAUGGUUUCGAGUGACCCAAAAAUUUAAAGAAGAAAAGGCAAACAAAACAUAACGUGCACAUGCUUGAGAGUAAAUCAGUGGAUCAGCCGGCUCUUACCGGUAAUGUAUGUAUAAUGCUCAUUUUGUUACCAGUUGAUGCAUGUAUAUGGGGAAGGGCAAAACCUCUAAUAUAUAUACUGCAAUAACUUGUACGCCUUUAGAAACUCUUUUGCUUUGUAAUAUAUGUACACAAGUUUAAAAUCAUGUACAUUAUGUUUAUCAUGGCAUGAUAGGUGAAUAUUUUGUAUUGAUGGAUCCUAGUACCUGACUGUACAGGACUAACACAUAAGCUGGGGCCUAUUCAGGUGUCAAGUCUUAGUUAUAAUAUAUAAUUUAGUGGCUUUGUACCGGUUUGCUCUUUGUAAUAUUCAUGUAUAUUAUUUCCUAUGCCCCGUUUAAAACAGGAAGUGCUCCGUUUCCAAUGUAAAUAACAUGAGGAAUUUUAAUUAAAUUAUGCUAUUUCCAUUGUUAUUUAGCUACAAUAAGGUUACCUGACUUAAAAAACAGUUUGUGAACAAGUGCAAAGGGAUAUCUACGCUGAUACUGGUUUCAAUACAUAGCGGACAGUCGAUGACACUGACAAUUGUAAAAACAAAACACAGAAGAUGCAUUCAAAAAAGUACACUCAUGGCAACAGAAAUAUGAGAAAACAAUAGGGUUGUAACAGUGUGCAUUGCCCACAGCUCAAGAUGUUUAGAGGUCCAAGGGAUUAUUCCAAACUAGAUCUUAAACAGUUUGGUGGACACAAAGAUGAGGUGAAUAGUGUAGCAUUCUCCCCAGACUUCCAGAUAAUGGUCACAGGUUGCGAUGAUGAGAGAGUUCGAGUCUUCAAUACCAGCAAUGGAAAUAUAGUGUGUAAACUUAAAGGACAUACUGGUGCUGUAAAAAGUGUGUGCAUUGCACCAGACAGUAAAACAUUUGCAAGUGGAUCAUAUGACAAAACCGUUAGAAUUUGGAGGAUGAAUGAUGGAGAACCACUUCAUAUUUUAAAAGGUCAUACAAAGAGUGUCGAAGUGGUUGUGUAUUCAUCAGACUCAAGUAAACUUUGCUCUGGAUCCUGGGACAGAACUGCUAUUCUCUGGGAUGUACAGAAUGGAUAUUUACUGAAGGUUUUUGAAGGACACGAAAACUUGGUGCAGUCUAUAGCAUUUUCAUAUAAUGGUCUAUACCUGGCAACAGGGUCGUGGGAUUUCACUGUAAGACUAUGGACUAUAGCAAGCCCUGAUGGUAGGGAUAAAGUUGUGGUGCUAAAGGGACAUAAAGGCAAUGUUCAUGCGGUUGCAUUUUCCAAAGAUGGAAUGCUGGCUUCUGGUUCCUGGGACAGAUCAGUCCGAUUAUGGAACCCUCGUACAGGCAAAUUGAUUCACAUGCUUGUAGGUCAUGAGGGCUGGGUUCAAGCUCUUGCUUUCUCAAAUGAUGGGAUAUAUUUGGCCAGUGCUAGUGAUGAUGACACUGUCAGAGUUUGGGAUGUUGUAUCCGGAUCGUGUAUCAAAGUUUUAGAAGGUCAGACAGAUAUAGCCCAACACUGUGCAUUUACUCCCGGAGGGGCCUUGGUAGCGUCUGGUGCUGCGGGUAUAACCCUGUCACUUACCUGACAUAUGGUGUAUUAUGAUUCAUGUCAAACCAAAGACAUCUUUUAAAACAUACAGGUCCUAACCCGAAUUCAUAUUUGGUGCGGUUACAGAAAAAUUAUGUGUAUUUUGUUCAGAGUCAUACGAGUUACACUAUUAGGAAUUGUUUAAAUGUAAAACAGGGUUUGAUCCUCGUAACAUACUACAUUUCAUUCAGUAUCUAAGCAAGUAACCAAGUAAGUAAGUAAAUAGUUUGUUAUAGUGACAUGUGCCGCAUAGCAUAUAUUACAGACAAAUAGUUAUGUACAAAGAAAACAAGCACCCGGCCCAUUGGACCUAUAAGUCACCUCAACUAUUAAAAUAAUAAAUGUGCAUAAAGGUAAGCAUUUUGGACUGCCGGACGUAAAGUUUUUUUUCGACUGAACUUGUCAUGAAAGAACUGGUUGAGCGUUGCUAGAGCUUGCCAUUGGAAUGUUUUAAAAGAUUUCAAGAUGUUCCUGGUGUCUGUUUCUGACAAUAAAUUUAUGUAGCAUUCGUGACCUGUUAUAGCAGUUCAAUUUAUGGCAUUCCAAAGUAUUGGCUGUUUGCUUGUCAGGAUAGCAAUAUCGUAAAUACUACCACAACACUGUUUGGAUCAUGCCAUCGUUUAUUUCUGUACUCUGACAAAAUGAUUGGUAUAAUGUUAAUGUUAAAAAUUCAGUAAUCUGAAAUCUUAUUAGUUCAACUUUUCAUAAUAUUAUUAUUAUAUUAUGUCUUUUAAAACUACAAUGCAAGAACUGGGGCUCAGCAUAAUCGUGAGAAUUAUGGGCCUUUGCCUUAUAAUUAAACAAUAAAAUGCAGAUGUAAUUUGUUUAAUUGUUUCAUACGUUGACAAUGAAGCCAAAAUUGCUUCGCUGCAAAUAUUUUAUAUAAAUAAUGAUUGAAUGUACCUGAACGUUGCACUGCUUGUCGCCAAAUACUUCUUACAGAAAAAAUGUUUUGAAAACUUUUUGUUUGACGAUAGUUUUUCGAUAAACCUAACUCAUUUAUAUGCCAAUAUUGGAAAAUUUAGUGCUUUUAGCUUAGUGUCUGUUCGUUUAUCGGUAUCCAAAAUGUCCAUGUAGAUAUUUAUGUAUAUACUGCAUUUUCUAAUUUAUUUCAUAUUUCAUUAUAUUAUGUAAGUGCUAAAUAUCAGUUUUAUCAACUUUCCUUAAAAUCAUAAUUCCUUUUAAUUACAUUGUGUAUUAAGUUUUUAAAGGUGCCAAAUUUCCAGAAUAAAACAUAGAAAAGUCAUUGAAUGAUUAAUUUUGUUGUGAAAUUUUCAAGUUUUAGAGGUAAAUCAUUUUAUGAUUCUGUGGUGACAUUGUAUGUAAAAAAAAUAAAUGUUUAUAGAACCUAAGGAUUUUCUCGUGUAAGAUGAUGUCAGCAUCAGCUUAUAAAAUCGUAGACCCAAAGAAACAAGUAAAAAUUGUUGCUAAAUGCAGACAGAUCAUUGGAAGAAAUGUCUCCUAUGAGGCUGUUUGGUGCCAAUCUCUGAUUGUGACAGUUAUUGUAGAGAUUGUGUUUUAUCUCCCUGUAGUCGUGUACGCUUGUAUAUUUGUUAUUUUACCUGGUAUUUCAUACGUCAUACACUAGAUUUCUUUAAGUGCUAACCAUCUUUUGUUAUAUAGUUUAUUUUACAGAUUACAGUAUAUGUGAAUUUGGUUUUAUAUUAUUAGCAGUAUUAAAUGUAAAGAAUCUGUCUCAUUUAUUAUUCUGAUAUCAAAAUAUAAAUACAAUAAAAGGAGAUUUUGAAAAACAA